UGCAAAAAUAAGUAGAAAUGUCAAAUUAUAAUAAAUUUUUGGCGAAAUUGAAACAACAAAAAAACAAAAUCUUAUAAAUUUUUAAUAAAAAUAAUGAUUUCUACAAAAAUUACUCCUUUAUUACGAAAUAUUGCUGUAAGGGGACAAAUAUCCGUUCUUAAUAAAACGAACGUAAAAAGUCAACUAACUUUUUUCGCUCCAGCCGCUUUGCAACAGACGAGAUUGUUAUCCACAACAAAGUUGUGUUACGCAAAAACCAAGGAUAAAAAAAAGGAGAAAGGUGGCAAAAAAGCCGCUAAAGUUGAAAUCAAUGAAUCGCAAUUAAGAGAAAUUAUCAAUUAUGAUGCCCUAAAUACACAAAUGCAAAAGGCAGUACAACAAAUGAAAGAUGAUUUUAUCAAGCAUUUAUCGCUACGUUCAACUACGGGUGCUAUUGAUACACUACGCGUUACAGUCGAUGGAACAGAGCAUGAACUGCAGGAGCUGGCUCAAAUCUCACGUAAAAAUCCCAAAACGAUUGUUGUUAAUAUGAUUGCCUUUCCCCAGACUAUACCGGAUGUUUUGAAAGCCAUUGAAAAAAGUGGCAUGAACUUGAAUCCCCAACAAGAUGGUACCACUCUCUUUAUACCCAUACCAAAAGUUACAAAAGAACAUCGUGAAAAUCUCUCAAAGAAUGCCAAGACUUUAUUUAUUAAAUAUCGUGAUACCAUUAAAGAUAUACAAAAUUCAAACAUUAAGAAGCUGAAAAAACAAUCUGAUAUUUCGAAAGAUGAUAUGUUUGGUGUUCAAAAUCAAAUUACUGCCAUAGCUGAUAAGUAUAUAGCCGAAGCCGAUAAAAUGUUGCAAGUGAAACAAAAGGAAUUGUUAGGUGAUUCUUAAAUAAUUCUUAACACUUUUGAAUGUACAAUAGAAGACUGAACUGGAAAAAUGGUGAAGUUUGUUGGAAUUGUUUGAAAUUUAAUAAAAUUUGGUAAUGUUAGAAAA